UUGACAGCAAGUCGGUUGCAUGAAGAUACUUUUAAUAGUCGUGCAGUUUGAUUGCUCCCCUGUCGGGAAAGCACCUGCAAUUUGCCUUACGCAAAAGCAUCUACGAUUAGGAAAAUGAAUUAAUAGCGAGUAUCAUGUUGUCACACUCGCUUAAAUAUUGUCAAGCGUCUGCUUUCUUUCCAAAGUGAGUGAAACUACUGGAUUGGUGUUGGAAGCGCUCAUGUCGUUACUUUGUGUAAAAGUGAAAAAAGCCAAGCUCCACGGACCUUCAGAUAAAUUCAACACUUACGUGACUCUGAAGGUGCAGAAUGUCAAAAGCACGACAAUCACCGUGCGAGGGGAUCAGCCAUCCUGGGAACAAGAUUUCAUGUUUGAGAUCAACCGGCUGGAUCUCGGUCUUAUUGUUGAGGUGUGGAACAAAGGCCUCAUCUGGGACACCAUGGUGGGGACUUCCUGGAUCCCCUUAAAGCGUGUUCAACAAUCGGAGGAGGUUAGAAAUGAGGGCCAAGGAGAAUGGCUUCUAUUGUAUUCAGAGGUCCUGAUGAAAGCAGAUGAGAUAUACGGCACCAAGAACCCGACCCCUCAUCAACUCUUAUUGGACACUCGCUUUGAGCUGCCUUUUGACAUCCCUGAAAAUGAAGCACGGUACUGGACAGACAAACUGGAACAAAUCAAUUCCACGGAAAUUCAUGAUGAGUACACUCUUACGGACGACAUUGACGGUCAUCCGUUGCCCCCCACAGUUUCCCAGUGCUCUUUGGAUGACCAGGACAGUGCAGUCGAUGACCGGGAUAGCGACUACCGCAGCGAGACUAGUAACAGUUUGCCGCCACGUUACCAUACAACAACUCAGCCCAACUCCUCCGUGCACCAGUAUCCCAUCGGGCCUCGGCCACACCGACACUUUGACUCGUGCACGGAUUCCCUGCACAGUUUCGAACUGGACUACCGAGACCAGAGAAUCAGUCCAGUGGAAAGUAGUCGAUUUGGGUCAUCGGGAAACCUGAGUCAGACCAGCUCUCAGCUGAGCGAGAUCGGUCACGAAAGCACCGGAGGGUCGGAAAUCGAAGAAUGCUUCCACUCCUUUCACAGCGCCGGCUUCUAUCCUUCCUCAAAUCUUGCAACAAACGGACACUCCGCUGUCGGCGAGAAGGUUCAACCUCAACCGGCCUUCGACGCAAGACGGAGUUCACAAAAUGAAACCCCAGCAGAGAAAGUUGUGUCUAAACUUCACAGGUUUCACGAUGAAGGGUCACCUUUACCAUUUUCUCCAUCCAGAGUUCGUUGGCUGAAAGCCAUCAAUAAAGUCAGAGUUCAACUACGAGAGGUUUGUCAUGAUGAACCGAGUGUAAGACAGGCCUGGGUAAAACCAAGUGGUGGACCAGGGCUGUAUGGGAUUGAUAGUAUGCCAGACCUUCGUAAAAAGAAAAAUAUCGCCUUGGUUAGCGAUGUGUCCCUUGUCCAAGCCCGUAAAGCAGGCAUCGCAUCUGCGUUGGCUGCGAGAUCUUCCAUCAAGGAUGAGGAACUGAAAAACCACGUGUAUAAGAAGACCCUCCAAGCUCUGAUCUACCCAAUAUCAUGCACCACGCCUCAUAACUUUGAAGUGUGGACCGCCACAACACCCACAUACUGUUAUGAAUGUGAGGGGCUGCUGUGGGGAAUCGCACGGCAGGGCGUUCGCUGCUCCGAGUGCGGCGUCAAGUGUCACGAAAAGUGUCAGGAACUUCUCAACGCUGACUGUUUACAACGUGCUGCCGAGAAGAGUUCUAAACACGGCGCUGAGGACCGGACGCAAAAUAUCAUCAUGGCAAUGAAGGACAGAAUGAAAAUCAGGGAAAGGAACAAACCGGAAAUUUUUGAACUGAUCAGGGAAGUUUUUAUCAUCAGCAAAACCUCCCAUUCGCAACACAUGAAGGCAAUCAAACAGAACGUACUGGACGGUACCUCAAAGUGGUCUGCCAAGGUCACCAUCACAGUUGUUUGUGCACAAGGACUUCAGGCAAAGGAUAAGACGGGAUCCAGUGAUCCCUAUGUCACCGUGCAGGUGGGCAAGACAAAAAAGAGAACCAAAACUAUCUUUGGCAACCUCAAUCCAGUGUGGGAGGAGAAAUAUCACUUCGAAUGCCACAAUUCAUCAGACAGAAUCAAAGUGCGCGUGUGGGAUGAGGACGAUGACAUCAAAUCAAGAGUCAAGCAGCGUCUUAAGAGAGAAUCUGACGAUUUCCUCGGCCAGAGUAUUAUUGAAGUCCGAACACUGAGUGGAGAAAUGGACGUCUGGUACAAUCUAGAGAAGAGGACGGACAAGUCAGCCGUGUCCGGGGCCAUCCGCCUCCAAAUCAACGUGGAGAUUAAGGGGGAGGAGAAGGUGGCUCCAUACCAUGUGCAGUAUACCUGUUUGCAUGAGAACCUGUUCCACCACUCUACGGAUAUCCACGGACACGGUGUGGUGAAAAUCCCCGAGGCCCGUGGAGACGACGCAUGGAAAGUUUAUUUCGACGACGUGGCGCAAGAUAUCGUGGACGAGUUUGCCAUGCGUUACGGAAUCGAGUCAAUCUACCAGGCCAUGACGCACUUUGCUUGCCUGUCUUCUAAAUACAUGUGUCCCGGGGUUCCUGCGGUGAUGAGCACGCUGCUCGCCAAUAUAAAUGCCUUCUACGCCCACACAACCGCCUCCACCAAUGUGUCCGCCUCUGACCGUUUUGCGGCCUCCAAUUUUGGGAAAGAACGUUUUAUUAAGCUCCUUGACCAGUUGCACAAUUCCUUACGAAUAGACCUCUCUACCUACAGGAACCAUUUCCCUGCCAGCAACAAGGAUCGCCUCCAGGAUUUAAAAUCCACUGUGGAUCUUUUAACCAGUAUCACAUUCUUCAGAAUGAAGGUCCAGGAAUUACAGUCCCCACCCAGAGCCAGCCAAGUCGUCCGAGACUGUGUCAAGGCCUGUCUCAACUCCACCUACGACUACGUCUUCAAUAACUGCCACGAUCUUUACAGCCAACAGUACCAGCCGGUGGAAAUGAACAAGGAAGAGCUCUCUUUGGAAGAUCAAGGUCCGAGUAUCAAGAACUUGGACUUUUGGCCUAAACUCAUUAUGCUCAUUGUCUCCAUUAUUGAAGAGGACAGGAACUCCUACACGCCAGUGCUGAACCAGUUUCCGCAAGAAUUGAAUGUAGGGAAGGUGUCAGCGGAGGUCAUGUGGACUUUGUUUGCACAAGACAUAAAGUAUGCUAUGGAAGAACAUGAAAAACAGAGAUUGUGUAAAAGUACAGACUACAUGAAUCUGCAUUUCAAAGUGAAAUGGCUCUAUAACGAAUACGUCAAGGAGCUUCCCAGCUUCAAGGAUGUCGUUCCAGACUACCCAUCAUGGUUCUUGCAAUUUGUGCUGCAGUGGUUGGAUGAAAAUGAGGAUGUGUCUAUGGAAUUUAUGCAUGGAGCUUUAGAGAGAGAUAAAAAAGAUGGGUUCCAGCAAACGUCAGAGCACGCUCUCUUCUCCUGCUCGGUGGUGGACAUCUUUACUCAACUCAACCAAAGCUUCGAGAUCAUCAAGAAACUGGAAUGCCCUGAUCCCAAUGUCAUGGGGCAGUACAGUCGCCGCUUCUCCAAGACUAUUGCCAAAGUUCUUUUGCAGUACAGUGCCAUUCUUAACAAGAGUUUUCCUUCCUACAUCGACAAGGAGAAGAUUCCCUGCGUCCUGAUGAAUAACGUGCAACAAUUGCGAAUCCUAUUGGAGAAGAUGUUUGAGUGCAUGGGUGCCACACAGUUCAACAAUAGAAUACCAGCAUGUCAGUUUGAGGAGAGUGAGGAGGAGGAAGAGGAAGGUGACAAAAUUCAGGUUGAGAUGGACACCGAGGCAAGUGAUCUGCUCAACAACCUGCAGGUGAAGCUGAACAGCGUGCUAGAUGAGCUCAGCAGUACAUUUGGGAACAGUUUCCAGAGCCGCAUCAACGACUGCAUGCGUCAGAUGGCGUCUCUGCUGUACCAGAUAAAAGGGCCACUCAACGCAAACACCAAAAGCCAGGUGGAGGCCGACUCUGAUAACAUGCUACGGCCUCUUAUGGAUUUCCUGGAUGGGAGGUUGAUGCUGUUUGCGACCAUUUGUGAGAAGACCGUUUUGAAGCGUGUGCUCAAGGAGCUGUGGAGGAUUGUGAUGGUCAACCUGGAGAAAACGAUUGUUCUGCCUCAGGGCACUGACACCUUUGGUGCGCAGAUACUCUCGGCCGCAAAGGAGCUCGGUCAACUUUCCAAACUCAAAGAUCAUAUGGCGGGCGAGGCAAAGAGUCUAUCUCCACGGCAGUGUGCCGUUAUGGAUGUUGCACUGGACACCAUUAAGCAAUAUUUCCAUGCGGGAGGAAAUGGUCUGAAGAAGGCCUUCCUGGAGAAGAGUGCUGAGCUGUCGUCACUCCGCCACACCUUGUCCCUCUACACUCAAACCACUGACACACUCAUCAAGACCUUUGUGACCAGUCAACAGGCACAAGGAUCAGGCGUGUCCAACCCUAUUGGCGAGGUGUCCGUCCAGGUUGAGCUCCACACUCAUCCCAAAAGCGGAGAACGCAAGGUUUCCGCCAAAGUUGUGGCAGCCACUGAUUUGAAAUGGCAGACCACUGGAAUGUUCCGACCCUUUGUGGAGCUCACCAUGAUCGGACCUCACCUCAGUGACAAGAAACGUAAAUUCCAGACCAAAUCCAAGAACAACAGCUGGUCUCCGAAAUUCAACGAGACAUUCCACUUCGUUCUGGGAAACCAGGAUGGUUUCGAAUGCUACGAGCUGCAAGUGUGCGUCAAGGAUUACUGCUUCGGUCGAGCCGACCGGGUGGUGGGCUUGUCUGUGAUCCAGCUGAGGGACAUCAUGGAGAAGGGCAACUGCGCCUGCUGGUGCCCACUUGCUUCAUGCAUCCACAUGGACGACACGGGCCUCACCGCCAUGCGGAUCUUGUCGCAGCGCACCAAUGACGAUGUGGCGAAGGAAUUCGUGAGGCUUAAAUCGGAAACGAGAUCGGCCGAAGAGGGCAGAUGAGGAAUUCCCCCUCGGUAGACAUUUCUUAAUUGACUAUUUGGUGGCACCUGACCAAGGUCCCUCACAUACUUUGUGUCCCUCAAAUUUUACUUGGCUCUUAACCCGCCUUUUUUUUGUUUGUUUGUUUAAACCUCCGACAAUGCAAAUGUCAAUAAGUUUGAUGCCUUACACUCCCAAAUCCAAACAGUGAAAGUGUCAAAUGAAGUCAGCUCAAGGUGCAGACCUGCGCUUUCCGAGUCGUGUAAAGACGACAAUCAAUUUCAUCUCACGCAGUGUCAAAGGCGAUCGAAUUUUGGAAGCAGACCUCAUCCAGUCGUCUUUUAACACUUGAAUAUGUGCCUCCUAAUGGCUUCUUUUAAUGCCACAAUGUGAAAGACCCCCCCCCCCCCUUCCUUCGGGACACACUUAUUAAUCAAAGUGUAUAAAAUCAAAACUCCCAACUCCUCAAGCACAGUCACGGUAGGAAAGACAAUUUAUUUAUUUAUUUAUUUUUUAAACUAUUAUUUAUUUUUUGUGCCCAUGGUGUACAAUUUUUCCUGCUGCAGUGUUGUUACUCAGCAGCACGACGUCUGAGUUGAUUUUUAAAGUGUUUACUUACCGAUGGUUUACAUGUUAGAAGGGGGAUAAAUAAGUUAGAGCAAAUGUCGAUGCUUCCCGUACAGCAAAUGUCUUUCACUUUCACAGUCCAUCGUUUUCAGAAAUUAAAAACCAUUGGAUAGCUUCCAGCUUUCCAAAAAUGUGAAGAAGAAUCUGUCACCCAACCUGAUUUGUUUGUUUCUGCUCGUGCUUUUUUUUAUUUUUCACUUGCCUUACUGCGAUUGAACAUUUUUGUUUUAUUGUCUUAUUUUUGCCUACCUACUGUGAGGUUUUCUACUUUCCCUUCCUGUAUUCCAAUAAGUGAUCUCCUUUUUUUCUACUUUUAUCAUUUCUACAAAUGCUAAAUGUUGAUCUUUCUCUGUCCCUUAAUGGUAUUAUGUAUGUAUGUGUUUGUGUGUAUGCGUAAUGUGACCGUAAGAUACGUUUUGAAUUCGAUGCUGACAUGAAUUCACGUGCCAUCAAAGUGUUUUAUAACUGAUGGACAAAUAACGAGUAAUGACGGUUGUAUUUAUUUAUGUUUUUUCAAUAUGAACACCUCAGCGGUGGAGCGAUCCUGUUUUUAACACAAAAUAUCCUGGAGAAAGAAACGAGAUUAAAUAUUUUCUGUAAUAUACUAUCCUUGUGCCAUUUUUUAAUUUUGCAUUUUUCUCCACUAGGUGAAUUGAUUUGUUGCUAUGUAUAUGUUGUCAUUCAAACAUUCCUAUUCAUUUUCUAUAAAGUGUACGUCCAUCAAAA